AUGGACUGGCAUGACCGUAUCGACUUGGAAACAUGUGCACUGUGUAGGUUUGUAAGAUUACCUGGUUUGAAACCCAGAAGGUGCCUAAAACAUACUUAUGUUAAAAUCGGAAUCAGGAACGUGAUACAAGACAAAAUUUUCAAGAUCGAAUUCGACAACGUUUAUGUUGUCUUUGGUUUUUUUCGGAAUUACCCAUUUGCCAGUGACGCCUCUGUGACACGCCAUAUCUUAUAUUUAUUUGUUCAAUUUUUCGGGUUGUUCAAAUUGCAGAAUGCUGGAAUCAAUGCAGCCAACAUUGGCUUUAGUACUCUUACAAUGGAGUCAGAUAAAUUUAUUUGUGUUCGAGAAAAAGUUGGAGAGACAGCUCAGGUUGUUAUCAUUGAUAUGGCAGAUAUGCAAAAUCCUAUCAGAAGACCAAUUUCAGCUGAUUCAGCCAUCAUGAAUCCUGCCAGUAAAGUUAUAGCCCUCAAAGCUGGAAAAACUUUGCAGAUAUUUAACAUUGAAAUGAAAAGUAAAGUGAAAGCUCAUAACAUGACUGAAGAUGUCAUAUUCUGGAAGUGGAUCAGUGUCAAUACUGUAGCACUGGUGACAGAGGCAUCUGUUUAUCACUGGAGCAUGGAAGGUGACUCCCAGCCACAGAAGAUUUUUGACAGGCAUUCAACAUUAGCUGGAUGUCAAAUCAUAAACUAUCGAACUGACCAUAAACAGCAGUGGUUGUUAUUGACGGGCAUUUCUGCGCAAGUUGGUGAUCAGCAGGCGAAUAGAGUUGUUGGAGCCAUGCAGCUGUACAGUGUUGAGAGGAAGGUCAGUCAACCGAUUGAAGGUCACGCAGCAGCUUUUGGACAAUUCACGAUUCCUGGCAAUGCAUCACCCUCAACAUUGUUCUGCUUUGCUGUUCGUGGAGCUGCUUCUAGCAAGUUGCACGUCAUUGAAGUUGGCACACCAGCUCAGGGUAAUCAACCAUUCACUAAAAAAGCUGUUGACAUUUUCUUCCCUCCUGAAGCUCAGAAUGAUUUCCCUGUCGCCAUGCAGAUUGGCCAGAAGUACGACAUGAUCUACCUGAUCACCAAAUAUGGAUACAUUCAUCUGUAUGACAUGGAGACGGCUACUUGUAUCUACAUGAAUAGGAUAAGUGGCGAUACGAUUUUUGUUACAGCUCCUCAUGAUGCCUCAUCUGGUAUCAUUGGUGUCAACAGGAAAGGACAGGUCUUAUCAGUUAGUGUGGAAGAGGAUAAUUUGAUCCCAUACAUUACCGGCACCAUGCAAAAUCCAGAUCUGGCGCUAAGAAUUGCAUCUAGAAACAAUUUGCCAGGUGCCGAAGAUUUGUUUGUUCGCAAAUUCAACAGCUUGUUCCAGGGAGGACAGUACAAUGAAGCUGCAAAAGUAGCAGCUGGUGCUCCAAAGGGCAUUCUGAGAACACCACAGACCAUUCAGAGAUUUCAACAGAUACCAGCCCAACAAGGUCAAACAUCUCCAUUGCUGCAGUACUUUGGCAUCCUUUUGGACCAAGGUCAAUUGAAUAAGUAUGAAUCACUUGAACUGUGUAGACCAGUACUUCAACAGGGUCGGAAACAACUGCUUGAAAAGUGGCUGAAAGAGGAUAAGUUGGAGUGCAGUGAAGAACUUGGUGAUUUGGUAAAAGUAGCUGAUCCAACUUUAGCUCUAUCAGUCUACUUAAGAGCGAAUGUGCCCAACAAGGUGAUUCAGUGUUUUGCUGAGACAGGCCAGUAUCAAAAGAUAGUACUGUAUGCAAAGAAAGUGGGAUAUACUCCAGACUACAUCUUCUUGUUGAGAAGUAUCAUGCGAAUCAAUCCUGAACAAGGUGUUCAAUUUGCACAGAUGCUAGUGCAAGAUGAUGAACCCCUUGCUGACAUAAAUCAGGCUAGUACAAAAUUGUUAAUUGAGUACAAUUCAAUUAUUGUAGAUGUCUUCAUGGAGACAAACAUGGUUCAACAAUGUACGGCAUUUCUCUUGGAUGCUUUGAAAAAUAAUCGACCAGCAGAAGGUCCACUGCAAACAAGAUUGUUAGAGAUGAACCUGAUGUUCGCCCCUCAGGUUGCGGAUGCAAUUUUAGGCAAUCAAAUGUUCACUCAUUAUGAUAGGGCUCAUGUAGCCCAACUGUUGAAGCGCAAAGAUGAGUUUCUGAAGCGUUUCUUGACAAGUCUGAGGAGAGGAAUCUUUAUGGUUAAAAAAAUUGAAAAGUGCAAUAAAAAGGCUCUGGAACAUUACACUGAUCUGUAUGAUAUAAAACGAGCAGUUGUGCAUACUCAUCUGUUGAAUCCGGACUGGUUAGUGAAUUAUUUUGGGUCAUUAUCCGUGGAGGACUCCCUGGAAUGUAUUAAAGCAAUGCUUCAAGCAAAUAUACGUCAAAACCUGCAAAUUUGUGUGCAAAUUGCUACAAAAUAUCAUGAACAACUUACUACCCAAGCUCUAAUUGAAAUAUUUGAAUCAUUCAAGAGCUUUGAAGGUCUUUUUUAUUUUCUUGGAUCUAUUGUGAACUUCUCACAAGAAGCGGAAGUACAUUUCAAGUAUAUACAAGCUGCUUGCAAGACAGGUCAAAUCAAAGAAGUGGAAAGAAUUUGCAGAGAGAGUAAUUGCUACAAUCCUGAAAGAGUCAAAAACUUUUUGAAGGAGGCAAAAUUGACAGACCAACUGCCACUGAUAAUCGUUUGCGAUCGAUUUGAUUAUGUCCAUGAUCUUGUGUUAUACUUGUAUCGUAAUGGGCUCCAGAAAUACAUUGAAAUUUAUGUUCAAAAGGUAAAUCCAUCAAGGUUGCCUGUUGUCGUCGGUGGUCUACUUGACGUCGACUGCUCAGAAGAUGCUAUAAAGCAGCUAAUACUUGUUGUAAAAGGACAAUUUUCAAUCGAUGAAUUGGUUGCUGAGGUUGAAAAGCGAAAUAGGCUGAAGUUGCUUUUGCCUUGGCUGGAAACUCGCAUUCAUGAAGGAAGCAUUGAACCUGCCACUCACAAUGCUUUGGCAAAAAUAUACAUUGACAGCAACAACAACCCCGAGAGAUUCUUGCGUGAGAAUCAGUACUACGACAGCAAGGUUGUUGGCAAAUACUGUGAAAAGAGGGACCCGCAUUUGGCGUGCGUUGCCUAUGAAAGAGGAUCUUGCGAUAUGGAGCUCAUCAAUGUUUGUAACGAGAAUUCAUUGUUCAAAAGCGAGGCUCGUUAUUUGGUCCGCAGAAGAGACCCUGAUCUCUGGGCUCAUGUUCUAAAUGAAGAAAAUGAAUACAGGAGCCAGCUCAUUGAUCAGGUGGUACAGACAGCUCUGUCAGAAACACAAGACCCUGAAGACAUUUCAGUUACAGUGAAAGCAUUCAUGACUGCUGAUCUGCCCAAUGAACUCAUAGAACUGCUUGAGAAGAUUGUCCUGGACAACUCUAUGUUCAGUGAUCACAGGCAUGAAUUUUCUUUAUUAUUUUUUAAACCUUUUGCUUUUCUAUAUAAUUUGUUGAUCUUGACAGCCAUCAAAGCUGAUCGAACUAGGGUGAUGGAGUAUAUAAACAGAUUGGAUAACUAUGAUGCUCCAGACAUUGCCAACAUUGCUAUUAGUAAUGAACUGUUUGAAGAGGCUUUUGCCAUUUUCAAGAAGUUUGAAGUUAACGCUUCAGCAAUACAAGUUUUAAUAAACAACAUUAAAAACUUGGAUCGGGCUUAUGAAUUUGCUGAAAAGUGCAAUGAGGCAGCCGUGUGGAGCCAGCUUGCUCGUGCUCAACUGAACAGUGGAAUGGUGAAAGAGGCCAUUGAUUCCUACAUCAAGGCUGAUGAUCCAACUCAGUACAUGGAAGUUGUUUCUGUUGCCAGCAAGAGCAACAACUGGGAAGACCUUGUCAAGUAUCUGCAAAUGGCUCGAAAAAAGGCUCGCGAAACAUAUAUAGAAACAGAACUGGUUUUUGCUUAUGCCAUGACUAACAGGCUAGCAGAUUUAGAAGAGUUCAUAUCUGGUCCCAACCACGCAUCUAUCACUCAAGUCGCAGAUCGCUGUUUUGAUAACAAGAUGUAUGAAGCUGCUAAAUUACUGUAUAAUAAUGUUUCCAACUUUGCCCGAUUAGCAAUCACUUUGGUUCAUCUUGGUGAGUAUCAGGGAGCUGUUGACAGUGCUCGCAAGGCCAACAGUACAAAAACUUGGAAAGAAGUUUGCUUUGCCUGCUUGGAUAACGAAGAGUUCAGACUCGCCCAAAUGUGCGGCCUGCAUAUUGUUGUGCACGCAGAUGAACUGGAGGAACUUAUCAACUACUACCAGGACCGUGGCUACUUUGAAGAGCUCAUAUCACUCCUUGAGGCUGCUCUAGGUCUCGAAAGAGCACACAUGGGCAUAUUCACUGAACUAGCAAUACUGUAUUCCAAAUAUAAGCCACAAAAGAUGAGAGAACAUUUAGAAUUGUUUUGGUCUAGAGUCAACAUACCCAAGGUUUUGAGAGCAGCAGAUCAAGCUCACUUGUGGUCUGAGUUGGUCUUUUUGUAUGACAAAUAUGAAGAGUAUGACAAUGCAAUAAUUACUAUGAUGAACCACCCAACUGAUGCUUGGAAGGAAUCACAUUUCAAAGAUAUUAUCACAAAGGUGGCUAACAUUGAGCUGUAUUACAGAGCCCUACAAUUCUAUUUGGACUACAAGCCCCUGCUUCUCAAUGAUUUGUUGCUAGUUCUCACACCUCGCAUGGAUCACACCAGAGCAGUCAGUUUUUUCAAAAAAGCUGGUCAUAUAGCAUUAGUGAAACCCUAUUUAAGGGCAGUUCAAAACAACAACAACAAAGCUGUCAAUGAAGCACUCAACAAUCUUCUUAUUGAGGAAGAAGAUUACCAAGGAUUGCGAGCUUCCAUUGAAGCUUUUGACAACUUUGAUAACAUUGGUUUGGCACAAAGAUUGGAGAAACAUGAACUAAUAGAAUUUCGACGCAUUGGAGCUUAUCUUUAUAAAGGUAACAACCGCUGGAAGCAAUCUGUGGAUCUUUGCAAGAAAGAUAAACUCUUUAAGGAUGCCAUGUUGUAUGCCUGUGAAUCCCGAAAUGCAGAUAUUGCAGAAGAAUUGUUGUCAUGGUUCCUUGAAGACAAAAAUUAUGAAUGUUUUGCCGCAUGUCUCUUCCAAUGUUACGAUCUACUUCACCCUGACGUCAUAUUGGAACUAGCUUGGAGACACAAUAUUGUUGAUUUUGCUAUGCCAUACCUCAUACAAGUCAUGAGGGAAUACACUACCAAGGUGGAUAAGUUGGAGCAAGCUGAUGCUGUCCGUUCUGAAGAAGAGCAAAAAGCUACUGAUAAACCUCUUGUUCUCAACGAACCACAGCUGAUGAUAACAGCUGGUCCAAGCGUGAUACCAGGACAAGUAUAUGGAGCUCCGGGCCCAAUAUAUCCAGGUGCUUAUGGAAUGCCUGGAUAUGGCAUGCCUCCAAUGCGAUUGGCGUUUUCCGGUGCGCCAAGUAGGGUUACAGCUCGAGUAGGCCGUCACCUAAGAACCUGA